UCCGACUUCCGCUUCUUCCGACAAGCUCCAGGAUGUUGGGGCGUUUUACAAAACAGGCUGGACAGCUUGGAAGGUGGUCGAGAGCGGGUGUCCUUGCGCAGAGGUCCUACGCCUCAUCACCGCGCGUGAGUGAACCAUGCCAGCGGUACCUCAAAGUUACACAUCCAGACGAUCUACCAGAAUUCGACUCUCCCAACUCGGUUGGAGCGACGCUGAAGCGCUUCGAUGCGUCCACACUAGCAACCUACUCUCGCCCCUCCGUCUUGCUCACUCGUGGAAAAGGUCUCGAUUUGUGGGCAGCAUCGGAUGAUGCCGGCUCCCCCUCGGGAAGAGGAGAGCGGCAUUAUCUGGACUUUAGUUCCGGCAUCGCUGUCAACUCUUUGGGCCAUGCUGAUGCGCAAAUCGCCGAGGUUGCGGCCGAUCAAGCUAAUAGAUUGGUCCACAGCAGCAACUUGUAUCACAACGAGUGGAGUGGGGAGCUGGCGGAUAGGAUGGUCAAGCUGACGAGAGAACAUGGCGGACUGGGCAUCGAGCGAGGAAGCUCAGAGGGAGACUUGAAGGUGUUUUUGGCCAAUAGCGGUACGGAGGCGAACGAAGCCGCCCUCAAAUUCGCUCGAAAGCAUGGCAUGUCGCAUUCUGGCAAGCCGGCAACCAAAUCCGGUCUAGUCAGCUUCAACAACGCCUUUCAUGGUCGCACGAUGGGAGCGCUAGCCAUGACGCCCAACCCAAAAUACCAAGCACCAUUCGCCCCCCUUCUCGGGGAUGUAAAGACGGGUCACUACAACUCCUUUGAAGGUCUUCACGACCUCAUCGACGAUAAGACGGCAGGCGUCAUUGUGGAGCCGGUGCAAGGCGAGGGAGGCAUCUUUCCCGCCAAGCUCGAGUGGCUCCAAGCUCUCAGAAAGAGAUGCGACGAAGUCAAGGCUCUGCUCAUCUUUGACGAGAUCCAAUGCGGUCUUUGGAGAUCCGGAUCCUUGUGGUGUCACUCCAACUUUCCGACCAACGCUCAUCCGGAUCUCAUCACCAUGGCCAAACCUCUUGCAAACGGCUUCCCCAUCGGAGCGGUUCUGAUGCGCAAGUCGGUUGCCGAUAGCAUCACAGUUGGGGAUCACGGAACAACAUUUGGAGGGGGUCCUCUGACCAGCAGGAUAGCCCAUCACGUUCUGGGGCGGCUGUCUGACCCUGCCCUGGUCAAGAGUGCCAAAGCAGCUUCGGACAAGCUCAAGGCGCGAUUGACUGAAUUGCGAGACCUCUUUCCUGAAUUGAUCCGACACGAAGAAGGCGCGUAUGAGUCACCCAGAGGCAAAGGCUUGUUGAUCGGUCUGAGCACAAAGGACCCUUCUCAUGCUGGCAAGAUCGUCAAGCUGGCCAGAGAGCGCGGCUUGAUUGUGCUCAGCGCUGGAUCGGAUGCCGUUAGGAUAGUCCCAAGCUUGACGGUAUCGCUGGAGCAGAUCGAUACUGCUGCAGACAUACUGGAGAGCUGCUUCUCCGUCUUGGCUCGAGAGACUAGACAUACCGCCUAGAAAUGACAACCAAACCUCUGCAUAACCUCUCAUGGCUAGAGAUGUGCCAGUGAAAGACCAAAUGAUGACUGGCAGCCUUUGACGAGAUAGCAUGCAAGCGCUCGUCAUGCGAUGGAGUAUGUUGAGGUGCUAUGCGUCGUCGAUUCAAAGUUUAUCAAGUUUUUGACUCUGUUGUGAUUCUCUGGAGAUUGG